UAAAAACAUUAGAUGUGCGAUCUUUAAAAACAUAGAGAGUAAACCUUUUGGAGUUUUAAGAAUAGAUCAAACCAUAUAAUUUACUCUUACAAUUUUUCCCGCUCGCCGGCGGCAAAGGGCCAAGUUCGAAAGGGCAGAAGGAGGUACGUUCUCUGGUCUCUGCUCACACAUAAGAGAGAAACACUCAUCGGGCAAAUGAAUAGAAUGGACACUGAAGACCACUCAGAGAAAUUGCAGAAGUACCUGGAAAAGCACCACUCCGAGCAACUCCAAUCCAUCACUCUAGCUCCGGAUCAUCGGCUUCACUACCCCCUCCAUGUCGAUUUUGCAGGGGUUAUGGACGAAUACCCCCACAUUGCUCAACUGAUCUUCUCACAACCCGAUGAUUAUCUAUUGCUUUUCGAAGAAUCUGCCGUUUUAGCGCAGAAGAAGGUACCUAGUGAGUUUGGAGAAGCUCGUUUUAAGAGCCACAUACAUGUUCGAAUUAACCCCUGCGGUUCUCCUCUUGAAUGUCCAGAAUCUUUUCCAAGCAUUGGACGUGUGCGGGUUAAGCAUAGGGGGAUUCUUCUCACGCUCAAAGGGACUGUAAUUAGGUCUGGGCCUGUGAAAAUGAUUGAAGGGGAAAAGUUGUAUCAGUGUAGGAGAUGUAAACACAGGUUCAGAGUUUAUCCUGAGGUGGAAACUAGAAAUUCCAUCCCCAAGCCUACAUCCUGUCCAUCACAGAAGCCUAAAUUUUGUGAAAGCACAAAUUUCCAGCUAGUGGAAGAUAGCAUGGUUUGCCGUGAUUAUCAGGAAAUUAAAAUCCAAGAAAGCACCCAGGUGUUGGGUAUUGGAGCUAUCCCUCGUUCCAUUCCUGUUAUCAUGAUGGAUGAUCUCGUUGACAUGGUUAAAGCUGGAGACGAUGUUAUUGUUACCGGAGUUCUCAAAUCUAAAUGGUCAGCAGAUUUAAAAGAUGUUCGCUGUGAUCUUGAGCCUGUAUUAGUUGCUAACCAUGUGAGGAGAAUAAAUGAAUUAAAGUCAGAAAUAGACAUUCCGGAUGACAUUAUUUUUAAAUUCAAGCAGUUUUGGCAAGAGUAUGAGCUUUCCCCUUUAAAAGGUAGGAAUGCCAUUCUUAGAGGAAUUUGUCCGCAGGUCUUUGGACUUUUCACUGUCAAGCUAGCAGUUGCAUUGACACUUGUUGGAGGGGUAGAACACAUUGAUGCUUCUGGAACAAAAGUAAGGGGAGAUUCUCAUUUGCUGCUUGUUGGUGAUCCUGGUACUGGGAAAUCACAGUUUUUGAAGUUUGCUGCCAAAUUGAGCAAUAGAUCUGUAAUUGCUACUGGGUUGGGAAGCACAAGUGCUGGAUUAACUGUUACUGCAGUUAAAGACGGAGGGGAGUGGGUUCUAGAAGCUGGUGCUCUUGUUUUAGCAGAUGGUGGUCUCUGUUGCAUUGAUGAAUUUGAUGGCAUGAAGGAACAUGAUAGGGUUACCAUCCAUGAAGCUAUGGAGCAGCAAACUAUAAGUGUUGCAAAGGCUGGUCUUGUAACAACUCUGAGUACGAGGACAAUUGUAUUUGGUGCGACAAAUCCCAAAGGACAUUACGACCCUCAGCAGUCUUUAUCUGUCAAUACUACUCUCUCUGCGCCAUUGUUAAGCAGAUUUGAUAUCGUCCUUGUUCUACUAGACACUAAGAACCCCGAAUGGGAUGAUGUUGUUUCAUCGCACAUCCUUGAGGCAGAAACAAAGAGUUGCUAUUCUGAGGAGGAUCUACAUAAUAUCUGGCCACUUCCUAUGCUUAGGCGGUAUAUCCACUUUGUGAAGCGAAAUUUUCAACCAGUCCUCUCUAAGGAGGCAGAAAAAGUUAUUUCAAGCUAUUACCAACUCCAAAGAAGAUUCGCAACCGAAAAUGCAGCUCGGACAACAGUGCGCAUGCUUGAAAGUUUGAUACGGCUUGCUCAAGCACAUGCAAGGCUGAUGUUCAGAAACGAAGUGACUCAACUGGAUGCCAUCACAGCUAUCUUAUGCAUUGAGUCCUCCAUGACUACCUCAGCCAUUGUGGAUAGUGUUGGAAAUGCUUUACACUCCAAUUUUGCAGAGAAUCCCGAUGAAGAAAAUGCCAAACAAGAAACAUUGAUCUUAGAGAAGCUGAGUUCGAUGGGUGAAUUUCCAGAUGUGAUCUCCACUCAGUCCACUGAUCGUUGAGCAAAAUAACGGGCAAGCUAAUCAUGCCACUCAAAGUAGCAGUCUCAAAGAGAACAUCUCAUCUUUUGUUCUGUUUCCUAUUUUUUUUCAUUUUCAUAUCCAUUGAGCCUGUGUGACUAUAUGUAUAACGCUCAAGACAAAUAGUUCUUAUUUUUAAGAAAUUGUAUGAAAAUAAUCAUAUGAAUGUGUACUUAUGGGUAAUCUACUGUGCUAUAUCCUGGGUGGCUGGGUUAAUACCACUAAGUCCUAAAACAGUAAAAUGGUUGAGAAUUUUCUUCGUG